AUGGACGAGAACAAGGUUCAACCUCUACAUGUUACAGGAAUACUUUUAUACCGCAUACAACGUCAUAUUGAAUUUUUAUUAUUAAACGACACCUUUUCUAACAAAAGACAUUGGACUGCACCAAAGGGCAGAGUUAUUAGACAAGAAGACGAAGUAAAAUGUGCUCUUCGCAACACAAUCGAAAUCACUGGUCUCUCGGUUAAAGAUAUAAGAAUCGAAGAAGGCUUUAGAGCUGAAAUUACCUAUCUUUCUGAAACGCGACCUAAAAGAGUUGUUUAUUAUCUUGCUCAAGUGACUGAUCAUGACCGUAUCUACAGUAAUGCUGGCGAAGGGCUUAACUUUGCAUGGCUUCAACUUUAUAAUGCUACCGAAAAAGUUCUUUAUAAGAGUAUGCAGGAUGUUAUCAAAAAAGCACACGCAUUUAUUGAGGCCAAUAAACCAUCAAAAAAAUAUGAUUCUUCUACAUUACAACAAUGGUCUAUUAGAAAUGAUAAAAAAAAUAACACUGCUGAUAGGAUAGAGUCAAAUUUGAAGAAUCUAAAUAUGGCUUUACCUUUAGAAUCUCAACGUCAUGCAAUAUCAAGACAAAGGUUCGAACAUGUACUUUCACAAUUAGACAAUCCUCUCUAUAAAACUCGUUUAUGUGAACGAUUUGAAACUGAAAAAUUUUGUCCGUAUGGACCUAAAUGUACUUUUGCCCAUGGUGCAGGCGAAUUAAGAGAAAGGCUUGUCGUUCCUGUUGAAGAAAAAUCUAGUUUGCCUACAGUAAAGGAUGGACCAGAAAAUCCUUUGUACAAAACUCGUUUAUGUGAAAGAUUCAUGAAAGAGAAUUUUUGUCAAUAUGGUCCUAAAUGUAAUUUUGCUCAUGUCGGUCCUUCUAGUCCUGGAUUAAAUAUGGGAUCAGGAUCAGGAGGAUAUCGAUCUGAAAUUCAAAAUGGAAUUUUUGCUAAAAUUAAUACUUUAUCAUCACCAUUGACACCUACUUCUACUCAAAAUAAUUUAACCAAUAACAAUAGCUCUCAAACAGAAGUUCAACAAGAUUCAGAAGAGUACACUGUUGAGGGCGGUGAUAUCGAGAAAAAGAAAGAUAAUGGUCAAAUCAAUAUUUCAAGCGAAACCAAGACUGUAUCAACGGGUGUAGGAUCAGUUAUUGUUACAAACACAAGUACCAAUACUAAUGAAGAUUUUAGAAAUUUAUUUAAACCCAAUAAAAAUGAUUUAGUUGAUGAAAAGCCCUGGAUUGAAGUGGUUGAAUUAACUAAUAUGGAAAUUGAACAAUUGGGAAAAAUUAAAAAAACCGACCAUAAUGUUACAAAUGUUGACAAGAAAUCACAAGAAGAAGUUUUGAUUUUAGAAUUGAAGAAAUUCUUUGUUCAAUCAAAAGAACAAAAUAAAACAAUAUUGGAAGAAAUCAAAGAGGUAACCCUCAUGGAAACAAGGAAAGAUUUAUCCAAAUUACAAUUAUUCAAUAUUUUGCUUCCAAGCUUAUACGAUGACGCUACUUGGGAUGAUAUUAUUAAAGACUUGGAUCUAAAAAAAAAAUUAUUUAAAACAUUCAUUUGUUCUGCGCAAGAUCAAAUUAUAUUUAUUCGAGCUUGGGAAAAAUUUUUAAAUCAACGUAACAAGAAAUGGGUGAAACAAUCACCAAUGUUAUAUAAAACAUUUUAUGAUAAAGAUUAUGUUGAUGAAGAUUCAAUUUACAAAUGGUAUGAAAGCGCAAAAGAUACUAGUGAUGUGAAAAAGAAAUGCAAGGUUUUUGUUGAUUGGCUAAAAAAUGCAGAGGAAGAGGAUUAG